AUGCCAAGUGUGGCGGAAAAGUGUUUAGGAUCGAUGCGCACAGGUACACGAAAUGCUGCAAGAGAGCUUGUUCUCUUGUAUGCGGAGAAAGAAGACGUCAAGGGAUGUGAAGGGCUCGUCGCGGAUUUGUCGGACAAGUUGUCGUCGAAGCAGCCGAAAGUUGUCGCGGCGAACGUGGCGGCUUUAGCUGCCUUGGUGACGGAGUUUGGCGGUGAGCAGGUCCAUGUGCGUGCAGUGUCUAAGUGUAUACCCGUGGUGUUUGCGCACGCCGACAAAAAUGUGCGAGCAGAAGGCGCACAGCUAGCCGUUCAGCUGCAUCGAUGGAUGGGAGCUGCCUUAUCGCCUAUCUUGUCGCAGCUCAAGGAUAUCCAGGUAAAGGAACUCGAAGCGAAGUUUGCCGAGGCACCAGCUCCAGAGCAGCAGCCCAUGCGCUACUUGACAUCUCUGAAGCGGCAAGCCGAGCAACAAAGCCGAGAACAUGGACGCUCGGCUGACACGUCGGAUCAGGAUACAGACCGCACAGCGACAUACACUCAUGAUGGUCUCAAUGAUGAUGAUUAUGCUGCUGCUACUGCUGCUGGGGGUGCUGGGAGUGCUGCGGCCACAACACAGUCGGAUCCGUAUGACAUGGCAGAGCCAUGCCAUCCUCUUCGCAGCCGCCACUUGACGCCGCAGUUCUUCGAGCUGGUGUGUGCGACCAAGUGGCAAGACAGAAUGAAUGCACUGGAGUCGCUGUAUGCGGCCCUAACGGAAUCUAUUCGUAUAUGGCCGGAUCCGGGCCUGGAUGCCUAUGUCCAAGCCUUGCAAGUGCGAAUCCACAAAGAUGCGAACAUCAACGUCGUACUCCAGGCCUGCAAGUGUAUUGACGCUCUGUGCCGUGGCCUGCGUCAAGAAGGUGCUGCAUAUAUGUACGUCCUGCCGACCCUCCUUGAGAAGCUCAAGGAGCGGAAGCCAUCGACGGUGGAUGUGCUGCAAAGCACGCUGGACGCCAUGUAUGGAUGUGGCUCGCUUUCUGACAUCCUGGAGCCUGUCUCGUCAGCAGCUACGCACAAGAAUCCAGCGGUGAAGGGUGGUUCGGUUCGGUUUCUGGGCCGAUGCAUCGCUAAGUCUUCGACAACGUCUUCGCCGCUGCAAGCCGCUGACGUGAAAGUGAUCGCAGCGCUUCUUGUGCAGCUCAUGUCAGACGGCGCCGGCGAUGUGCGUGAUGCAGCAGCGUCUAGUAUGGGAAUUUUGCUCCGUGUGGUCGGCGAGCGACCACUCCUACCCUACCUGGACAAGCUCGAUGAGAUCAAGCGUGCCAAGGUGCGGGAGGAAGCGUCAGGAUCGGCGGCUGCCGUCGUCGGUGCAGCAGUACCGAUCAGCAACGGACCUUCGACGGCAUCAUCCAAAGUGCCACCAGCCACGUCCGCCCCGAAGGCUGCUCCGGUGUCGCAAGCUUCAGCUGUGCCUAGCAAGUCUACGGCGCCUCCACGAGCGCCGGCCAAGCCGCCGAUGGCUCCAACGGCGCCUGCAUCCAAAGCCUCUGCUCCUCUCACACGACCACCCUCGACCAAAGGUCCACCUGCUUCGAAAGCUCUGCCACCACGUGUCAAGGCUGGAGCGGCGGCUCCCACGGCUCCUACUACCGCUGCUGCUGCUACUGCUGCUGCUGCCGCUGCACCUCGGGGCAAGGGCCAUGCACAGCGCUCGGCAGAGAACGAGCCGGUGCGUUUCCGCUAUGCGCCAGAAGAGGCAGAGGCACGCGCAUUAGAAUUGAUGCCAGAGCGCAUCCAAGCGCAACUAGCAUCUUCGCAGUGGAAAGAGCGUCUGGAGGGUGCGCAGGCGCUUGGGCCGUGGCUCGAGACGGAGCAGCCGGAUGCCGAGCUCGUGGCGCGGUUCCUCACGAAGCGGCCGGGCUGGAAAGAAAGCAAUUUCCAAGUCAUGGGCGAGGUUAUAAAGCACUUGCAAAGCAUGACGAUGCUGCCGUCGUUUGACCGGCCAGCGAUCGCGUUGACGGUGCAGCCGCUGAGUGAGAAGCUAGGUGAUAUGAAGCUCAAAGGCGCCGCUGGCGAGACGCUGUGCCAGUAUGCGGAAGUGACGUCACUGGGCUUUGUGCUUGCACAGAGUCUGCCGUACAUCUCAGGCAUCAAGGCCCCGAAAGCACAGGCCGAUGCUCUUGCAUGGAUUGACCAGACGCUUCUCGCAUUCGGCGUGCAAGGGGUCGAUAUGCCGGGACUUGUCGCGUUCGUCAGCACGUGUUUGAAAUCGGCAAAUGCAGCGGUCCGAUCCGGUGCGACAGCCGUGGUUGUGACGCUCGCUCGGUAUGUGGGGCCAUCACUCCUGCGCCUCCUGCAGUGA